AUGAUAUUAAAAUCAUUAGUGGAUUCAUAUCUAGCUAAUAUAGAUAUUAACAAAGAAAAAACUGAUGAACUAGGUUCUUCUAUCGCCAAUGCAAUCAAUUCAGGUGAUUUUAAGAUAUUGGAUGUUAUUAUUAAUUUGAAAAAUGAAUUCAUAUCUGAGGAUGAGAAAAAAAGACAGCAAUCGUUACAUUGCCUUUCAAAUAUUUUGAACAAUUUAUCAAGUGCAACUCUUAAAAAAAAUGAAUUGAAUGUCAUAUUUAAUUUCUACCAAUCAAAAAUUGAUGAGUUGAACAAUAUGACUGAGAUUUUAAGUGGUUUUAAUUCAUUAACAACAAUGGACUCAGUUUCUAUGUUGGAAAUCUCAACUUUACUAAAUAUUAUUAGCAAUGAAUAUGAACCAUCUAAAUUUCUUACUCCGACUAGAUACCAAACUUUUUUGAUAUUGUCCAAUAUAAUCGAAAAGUACAAGAUUGAAAUGAAGGAGGAUCCAAAAUUUUUGGAAUUAUUUGUUAGUACAUUUUUACAUAUCGCUAACGGUGAGAAGGAUCCAAGAAAUUUGUUGUUAUCCUUCAAAAUCAAUAAAACAAUAACUACAAAUUUUAAAAACAUUGAGCAAUUUGCUGAAGACUUAUUUGAUGUAUUAUUUUGCUAUUUUCCAAUCACAUUCAGACCUCCAAAAGAUGAUCCAUACAAAAUCACUGCAGAAGAUCUAAAAAGUGCCCUUCAAUCAACAAUUGCUUCGACUCCAUUAUUUGCUGCCGAUGCUUUCAGUAAUCUAACUGAUAAACUCAAAGCUUCUUCGACUGUUGUUAAAUCAGAUACUUUAAGUGCCUUGAAUGAGUGUAUUAAUAACUUUGGAGCAAAAUAUUGUUUGACAGAAUAUGUACCAUUGUGGAAUGCCAUUAAAUUUGAAUUAAUGCGUAACAGUGAGGGUGGAGAUGUUGGAUUAGCAACCAUCAUACCAGGAAAUGUCAAUAUAAACUCAGAUGUCUCCAAUUAUCAACUAGCCAUUAAUAUUGUGAUAUCAUUAGCUCGAGUUUUGUCCGAGUUCGACAUCAAUGCAUUUAAUAAAUUUUUCAACUACAUUUUAGGAGAAUUAAAACCAAACUUUAAAUACAACAAGGAUCUUAAACAAAGCUCUACUGUACUAUCUGCAUUGGGUUCCGUAAAUGCUCAAUCAUUUAACAAAGUUAUAACCAAUUCUCUUCCGUUAUUUCUUCAAAAUACUUCUGAAACAAAUCAAUUAAAACUGAUAAUAAUGAACUUAUCGUUUUUCUUCGACUCAUAUAUUGCUGUUUAUGGCAGUGCAGAAAAAGAUAUGCUGAAUAACACUGUAAUAGAAAGCUCUUUAACUCCAUAUAAGGAUGAAAUCCUAAUGAUACUGGGAAAAGCUUUAACAGGAAGUUCUGAGGUCGAAGUUACAUUGAGGACACUGUCAAUAGUUCAGUUUACUAAAAUGAUCAAAAUGAAAGAAUUCCUCUCAGAGGAAGAAGUGUCUUUAAUAGUUCAAUAUCUAUCUGAAACAAUUCUAGAAGAUAAAAAUAAGAACAUAUACUAUGCUUGUUUGGAAGGGUUAAAAGUAAUAAGUGAUAUUUAUGAACCAAUAGUAUAUGAAAUUUCAUUAAAGAGGAUGCUUUCUUUACUACCAAAUGAAAUAAAUGCAACGAUUAAUUUAAGUGAGGGCAAAACCAUUGAAAAAGAAUUAAUUUUGAAAAUAAUUUUGGAUUAUACUACGUCAAGACAUUGUUUAGUUAAGGAGUCUAUAUAUGGAAUUUGUGAAAAAUUAUAUGAAAUUGCACCUCUAGAGAAUUCAAAUAAUUAUUGUUUUAUUCUAAUCACUGCUCUAUAUACUUUACUGGAAAAUAAUAUUAGUUUGAUUAAAGAUGAAGAAGGUAAAGAAAUUAAGAACACAAUCGAGGAUAGAUUAUUAUCCACCCUAAUCAAUAAUUCUUCAAUUUUAAAUGAUAAUCAUAAUUUGAAUCUUUUGUCGAUUGCCUUAUUUUUCAUUAAUGCAAGCAGUGAUAGAUCAGGUCACCAGUCAGCUUUAGAAAAGAUUAAUGAUCUUUUCAUAGAAAAAUACCAAAUUUUUAACAAACAUUCUAGAUUAGUCAUUCCAUACACGAAAUUAAUCUCAGGUUUAGAUAAAGACUGUAAGUUCAAUAAUUGCGACAAAUAUUUCGAGUCUUGCAUUAUCUUAUUACAAAAACAUUCCGAUGAAAUUGUUCAAUUUAACAAACUAGGUUACUUAGAACUUCUAAUGGUCAUGUCCAAUAAAUGGUUAGAUGAAAAAUAUGUCAGUGAUAGCCUUGAUAAUCUUGAUUGGAGCAAUUUGUCUUCUAUUAAUUUGGAGAUUCUGACGUGGAUUACAAAGGCUCUAGUUAUCAAAAAUUCAAAAUAUUCAGCCGGACCUUUGGAAAAAUUUGUUAACUUAUUAGAAAAUGACAAAGUGGGUGACUUUGUUGCUAAAUUAUUUGAAGUAUUUGUAGUAGAUAUCGGUUCCUAUUGUAGCAAGAAGGGUAUUUCACGGUCCAAUAAUGUUAAAGUCCUUUAUAAGCAAAAGUUUUUUAACUAUGUUUUCCCAGAAAUUGUUUCCAAAUAUAAAUUAGUCACUGAUCUAAAUAUUAAAAGUAACUAUCUGACGGCACUUUCGAUGAUUUUAAAACAUGUUCCUAACUUAUUAUUAGAAUUAGUUAUACAAGAAUUGGUACCAAUGUUAUUGGAAGCUUUAAAGAUGCAAAAUGCUGAUGUUAAAAUAUCAUCCCUAGAAACUUUAAACAGUGUUUGUGAAAAGAAUUCUGUUUUAACUACGAAAUAUUUCCAUACAUUGGUUCCAUUAUUGUUGAAACUUUUGAAAAAAUCUAAUACUAAUAACGUAAGAGUAAGAUUACUGACGAUGCAAUUAUUGCAAUUAAUUGCCCUCAGCGUUCCAAUAAAUUACUCUCAAAGCAUGAAGAAUAAUGUAUUAACUGAGUUAUUAGAUACGUUAGACGAUCCAAAGAGAAUCAUCCGUAAGAAAGGUAUCGACACGAGACAAAUUUACUUUGAGAUUGGUCAAACUCCUUCAAGCUAA